AAGUUGUCAGCUCCAUUCAAAAGAAUCGAUUCGAUUCAAGAAUCGGCUGCUUUGUUUAUUGAUUGCGGGGGCGUAAACACACUUGAUUAAUAUUAAUUAUUUAUUUGUGGGAAGUCGCCACAACAGUAUGGAAUUCGACAGUCCGGAGGAGAAGGAGUUUCCCGGCCUAUACGCAUCCGAAGCAGCCGAUACCAAGUCCAAGAAGAGCAAAGAGGAAAGUGAUUUUAGCGAAGGGGAUUAUGACAAGCACAGCAAAAAGGAUCUGCUCCUUGGGCGACGAAAGGAUAAGAAGGACAAGGGCAAAGAUCGCGGAUAUGCAGCCCUAGAUGGCGAAAGUUCGCCCGAAGAGGAACUUGACACAAAAAGCCCCUCAAAGUCGAAGAAGUCGAAAACUUUCAAGUUCGUCAGCUCUAAAAGUAAGGAGAAGCGUGAAAAAUCGCGCGACAAAGAAAAGGAAACGAAAGGAGUAGAAGAGGAGCAGGCACUCAAGACAAAAGAGAAGGAGAAGGACAAAGAAAAGGAGCGCCAGCACGAUGAAAAGGAGCAGAAGAAGAAGGAAAAGGAGCGCAAAGAGAAGGACAAAAAGGACAAAACAGACAAGAAGGACAAAAAGGAUAAGAAGAGCAAGCAAACCCAACAAGAAGACACCAGUGAACACGACGAAGCCGUCGCCCUUGGCUGCCCGAUCUUUGGUGUUCCCCUCAGUCUGGCCACGGAGCGCUCGCGUUGCCACGACGGCGUCGAUCUGCCGUUGGUCGUACGCGAUUGCAUUGAUGUCCUCCAACAGGAGCAAUCGCUGCGCUGUCCAACGAUCUACGUGGUGGAGCCACACAACGUUUCGCACUUCAAGCGGCUGUACAACAAUCGCGAAUACGAUGCCGACAUGGACGAGAUGGACACACACACCGCCUGCACUUUGUUAAUAUUGUUUUUGCGUGAACUACCCGAGCCGAUACUGACCACAGAUCUGUUGACCAGCUUCGAGGAGGUGUCCAGAAAUCGCAGCGUCACCAAGCGAGAGACGGAGCUGCAGCAGUUGGUCGAACAGCUGCCGAAAUGCAAUCGAACGCUCCUUGGCUGGUUGAUGUUGCACUUCGAUUCAACUGUGCAGCAGUGUCGCUACAACAAAUUCAAUGCCCAAUCAUUGGCGCUGCUGCUCCGACAGCAUUUGCAGAUGUCACAACGUUUAAUGGUCGUGCUCAUGUACCAUGCCACGCAUCUGUUCCCGGAUAUCAAACUGAUAAAAUAUGUUCCGCCACUUACGUCUGCGAGUCCCGAGUUGCCGGAUAAACCGGAGGAGAUACAAAUGGAGCUGCGCAAACAGGAUAGUCUGCUGUCCCAAAUCCACAACGAGAUGAACGAGGGCUUCAUCAAUAAGAAGCGCGAGGAGCAGCUGUGGGAGGUCCAACGGAUUAUUACGCAGCUAAAACGCAAAUUGCGCAGCUGCGAAAAGAAGCAGGAGAAAUCCGUAGACGAAGUAGAGAGCAGCACAUCGGCACCACCACCACCACCCCAAUCAGUCCAGCCAGAAGCACAACCUCAGACAACAGUUCCAACAGUGGCCACAGUUCCAACAGUUCCCACAGCCAAUAUCAGCGAGGAUACAACCGAUUCCAAGCCUAAUCCCCCUCAAAUCGAGGCGACAGCUCAGCAGCUCGGUGAGGCUAUGCCUACGACAGAUUCCUCGCCAUCUCCACCCUCAGUCAUAGACAAGGAGACGGGCUAUUUGCUGUUGCCCAAAACAAAUCCGCAACGUGACGAGUUGUUGCGACUGCAAAUUGAAUUCGAUGAACUAAUGAGCUGGCAAAACGAGCUCAAGACGCGCAUCAUCACCGAGCGCAAUGAGAUCUUCCGCUUGAAGCAAGUCUACGAACAGGAAGCACUGAAACCGCAAGCAACAGCAAUCGCCAGUCAAGAGCAACUGCCCGAAGAAGGCGACUACGAACGGAUCAUUGAGCAUUAUACGCGGGAGAAUGCGCUGCUGGAGCACAAAAAGCAAAUGCUCGGCAUGGAGCUGAAGGAAGAGCGGCGGGCAUGCAUUGCGCUGCAGGUUGAGCUGCGUUUGCAGCAAUUUUAAUUAAUGCAUAUGUUACGAACAAUUUAUGUGUCUAAUCGAACAAAACAAAACAAAUCAAAUAUAAGCAUUACCUUAAAUGUAAACAAAAGCUUUCGCGCGCGCUUCGUUGUCAAAAAAGUUGGCAGCACCACACUU